AUGUCGAAUCUGAACUCCGAUCUCCCAAUAUCCCCGCACAGAAAACCAAAGAAAAUGAGCAUUACACAGACAUACUUCCUUGCUCAUACCGCCCGCGCGAAGCUCUCGCGCGAGGCUGGUCGGCCGGAUCAUAACCUCCGGCUGCUUGUCGGCCACGCAAACAUGCUCGAUCUGCUCAUGCUCGAGCUUGCAGAGGCCGAAAAGGAGCAAGAGAGAUGGUUCGAUCUCUCCGUUCACGGUGCAAACACCGCCUCAGAACAAAACAGACAUAUCCAGUGGGCCGAUAUGCCCGUCAUCGCCGAACAAUCAGAGGAUGAGGAGGAGGAGGACGACGACGACUGGAACGGCGAGGCUAUCUCUGAUACGGAUUCAGACGACGAUUCGGAUUAUGACGGGGAUGAUGCUUUCUUCGUCGAUGUCACACCAACGCUCGUCUCGACGAACACCGCUGAAACACUCGGCCGUGCAUCCCCCACACAAUCUCCAAAGGCCUACGCCGUGCACCACGAGCACGUAGACGACGAUGAAUCCUUCGAGUUCUCCGAGCCCGAGGAAGACGACGAAGAGGACGUCGCCGGUCUCGCGCUUACAAGAACACAUUCCCACUCUCAGCAGCCCCCAGAGCUACUAUCAGACUCUGGAGAUGAUUCUGAAGACGAAAUCGGUCCCCUAUCACCUCCACAACCCGCAUAUGACCAUUUUCCCGAGACGGAGCCCCAUGAAGGGGCUAUCCUUGCAUCGCGGCUGUACUCACCAACUGCGAAACAACCAACCACAAAACCAUCAUCGUCUUCGAAAUUGCCGGUCUCUCAAGCCGGUCAGUCGGCGUUUCUCGAGGAGGGAUACUAUAUCCCUUCUCAGGCCCGCGACCGUAUGAUCGAAGCAUAUUGAGAAAAAAAAUUCCCUUUAUUACAGUACCAUACGCCCCCAAAUCGAAUACUACAGCCCUCUUACCGAUUCUUUUCACUCCAGCAUUACAAAAAAAAAAACAACCCAUUAUUCAUUUUUUCAAACAAGCGACGACCUGUUGGUCUUUUGGCGGCGUUAUCCAUUCCACAUUCUUCACGGAGGGAGUUUGUCCUUACAGCCAGCGAUCUGGGUCUUUCGAUUUCUUCUUGCUCUAUAUUUUUACCCUGUGAGAGCUUGCUCCGCAGUUCCUCCAAUUUUACGUCUUUUUUUUUUUUCCACCCGUCCCAGUCUUAUCGAAACGAGAUACGAUCGAGAUAAAAACGACCUGUGCAUCAUGAUCCUGAUUGUACUCCCCUUCAUAUAUAAUCCCACUUAUUUAUUAUUGAAAUCGAGAUACCUCAUCAGCGUCUGCAGCAUUGGAUAAAAUUGGAGCUUUGGGCAUUACCCUUUUUUUUUUUUUU